CUUUCAUUGCGCCGCGACGCAGCGAGAGAGAGAGAGAGAGAGAGAGAGAUAUAGAGAGAUCCAUUUAUAAUAACAAGGAUUCGAGAACGAGGGCGACCCGCGGUGUGCGAAGAGCCUCUCUUUCCAUCAAUCGCCAACGAAUUCGGGUGAUUCUUGCUGUAAUGGGGAGAAUCUAGCAGAGGAUAGGGGAUAAUUGGUGGAAAGAUUGCAUCUUGCGUUGGAUUCGUGGGGGAAUAAGUUCCUUAGUCGUUGUUACUUAGGGUUUCGGGCCAGUAGGGUUUGAGUUGAGGAAGAAGUCGAGUUGUAAUUGUUCUUCUGAUCGGAUUUUCUUCUUGGAGAUCUCAGCGGAGUGGAGACUGGGUUUUUGCAGUCGCUUCGACUUCGAGGAGGCGGUUUUGGGAAGAAGAAGAAUUUUUCUUUGCUGCUCCAUUCUGUAUCUGAAAUUUCUGUUCUUUUUCCAGUCGCACCAGUUCUUCUCAGAGCAUCGUGAGCGGUCAGUCGUCAAGUCUGACACCAUAGAGCUUGAGGUUUUUUCCGUCUCAUUUCUGUAUCAAAAGCCCACCUUGCAGUCUUGUGUGCGCGUUCAUGCUGUAUCAGUGUUUUCUCUCCUUGUUUCAGGAAGCCUAGUAAAGGAAGGAGUCUUGUGUCGGGAGGAGAUGAGGAAUUGGCUUGAUUGAAAGCAUCCUCCGAGGACUAGGUAGAGUUGUUCCCUACCACUUGCUUUUGGCAAAUCCAUGAAAGAACCACCUAUGAAGGACAACGACAAAUGCCUGGACUCUCAGCUCUGGCACGCCUGCGCUGGCGGAAUGGUUCAGAUGCCGGCCGUGAACUCCAAGGUCUACUACUUCCCCCAGGGUCAUGCCGAGCAUGCCCAGUCAGCCGUGGACUUUGGGACUUCGCCACGGAUACCACCACUCAUCCUCUGCAGGGUGACUGCAGUCAAGUUCAGGGCUGAUAAAGAGACAGAUGAGGUCUUUGCCAAGAUCCAGAUGGUUCCCAUCAGUAACAGCGAGUCUGACUAUGGCGAAGGUGAUGGUUUGGGUCUUAGUAUGAACGAAUUUGAUGCACAAGAAAAGCCUGCAUCUUUUGCCAAGACACUGACCCAAUCGGAUGCCAACAAUGGUGGUGGAUUCUCUGUCCCUCGCUACUGCGCUGAGACCAUCUUCCCCAGGUUGGAUUACUCCACGGACCCCCCUGUGCAGACCGUGAUUGCAAAGGAUGUACAUGGUGAGGUUUGGAAGUUUAGGCAUAUAUACAGGGGCACACCACGGCGGCACCUGCUCACCACUGGCUGGAGUAUCUUUGUAAACCAGAAGAAGCUGGUGGCCGGGGAUUCAAUUGUGUUCCUUAGAGCAGAGAAUGGGGAUCUCUGCAUCGGCAUCCGGCGUGCCAAAAGAGGUGGGUUUGGUGAUGGUCCUGAGACUCUAGGAUGGAAUUCACCAAGCGAAAGCGCUAUCUCUGGCUAUGACAGCUUCUCUGCCUUUCUGAGGGAGGAGGAGAGCAAAUUGAUGAGAGGUACUGGUGGGAAUUUUGCCUCCAGCGGGGGUAUGAGAGGAAGGGGGCGAGUGAGAGCAGAUGCUGUCGUUGGGACAGCAUCACUAGCAGCUAGUGGACAGCCGUUUGAGGUUGUGUACUACCCGAGAGCCGGUACACCUGAGUUUUGUGUAAAGGCUGUAGCUGUGAGAGCAGCGAUGAGGAUCCAGUGGUGUCCAGGGAUGAGAUUUAAGAUGGCUUUUGAGACUGAGGACUCAUCUAGAAUUAGCUGGUUCAUGGGGACUAUAUCUUCAGUUCAGGUUUCAGAUCCUGUAAGAUGGCCUAUUUCACCAUGGAGACUUCUUCAGGUGACAUGGGAUGAGCCAGACUUUCUACAAAAUGUGAAGUGUGUGAAUCCAUGGCUAGUUGAACUGGUCUCACACAUGCCAGCCAUAAAUCUUGCACACUUUUCACCGCCCAGAAAAAAACCACGGAUCCCUCAACACCCUGAUUUACCCUUUGAAGGCCAAUUUAACACUCCAAUGGUCGCUCGAAUCCCCCUUCGGUCCGGCGGCAGCCCCUUUUGCUGUUAUUCUGACAGCGCUCCUGCAGGCAUACAGGGAGCCAGGCAUGCAAAUUUUGGUCUACGAAAUCUCCACCUUAACAAACUGCAGAUGGGUCUAUUCCAUGCUGGGCUUCACCGGGUUGAUCAAGCCACUCCAAACUCAAGGAUAUCCAUGGGUGUUAUUGUCGGCAAUCCCACCGUUGAUGAUGACUUGUCUUGUUUGCUAACAAUUGGUCAUCCUUCUCAGAACCUGAAGAAAUCAUGUAAUGGAAAGCCACCACAACUGGUGCUAUUUGGGCAACCAAUUCUCACCGAACAACAGGUAUCUUUGAGCAAAUCUGAGAAUGGAGUCUCCCUUGGUGUGACCGGAAAAAGUUCAACAGGUGGGGAUCUCAAAAAGACAACAUAUGCGUCUGGUGGUUCUGGAUAUGCAAUAGAUCGGAAGGGGUCUCCUGAAGCAUUCCCAAGUUACAGGGAUCAUCGAGCUUCAGAGCUUGGUCUUGAGUCUGGGCAUUGCAAGGUUUUUAUGGAAUCUGAUGAUGUCGGUCGCACUCUUGACCUCUCAGUCUUUGGCUCAUAUGAGGAACUAUAUGUGAGGCUUUCUGACAUGUUUGGAAUUGAAAAAUUGAAGAUGAUGAACCAUGUGUUUUACAAGGAUGUGGCUGGUGCAGUUAAACACACCAGAGAUGAACCAUUCAGUGACUUCAUGAAAACAGCCAGGAGGCUGAUGAUAUUGACAGAUUCAGGAAGCCGAUGACCUGGCAAGGUAGCAAAGGUCUCUUGCCAAUCGUACAGUCGAACUAACAAGCCUCUUAUUGAAGUAUCAAGAUCAUAGGCACUUCAUUCUUGGAUGUUAUGUAACGUAAGUCAGUUUUCCGAAUCAAUUCCAUGAUCUUCUUUGCAAUUGAAGACUAGAUGGGAUAAUGUGUUGUUCUUAUUAGGAAUUGCUACUACAAGUGCUUGUGCUAUUAAAAGCUCCAAUAUAUUUUGUUUCUCAUGCAUUUGGGAAAAAAA